GCUUCCUGAGUGAAGCUUUGCUCAGAUGCUCACUGCCUGGGCCCCUUGAGUGUGGUUUUCCUCCCCGGCCAGCACCAAACCCCAGAAUAGUGCGGCUGACUUGCUGAUUGAGGUCAGCAGCUCCCCGGAGGCACGAGAAGCCAGAGCCUUUGCAGAAGACGGACUCACCAGAACAAACAUGAGGAGCGCAGCCAAGCCCUGGAAUCCGGUCCUCAAAGCGGGCAGCCAUGGGACAGACAGGGCGCAGCCCCUCCCGGCGGCGCCCUCUGGCAUGAAGAGUUCGAAAUCUUCUACCUCGCUGGCGUUUGAGUCCCGGCUCAGCAAGCUCAAGAGGGCCAGUAGCGAGGACAUGCUCAACAAACCGGGAAGUACCGCCGCUUCCGGGGUGGUUCGACUGAAAAAGACUUCAACAGCUGGAGCCAUCUCCGAGCUUGCAGAGAGCCGCCAGCGCAGCAACCCAGGGGCCGUGCCAACAACCAAACGGACAGGCAUUCCAGCUCCUCGAGAACUUUCAGCAACUGUCUCGAGAGAGAGAACUGUGCCACGCGGUCCCUCCAACCCCAGGAAGCCGGUGUCCAGUCCAACUUCUUCCAGCACGCCCACCCCUACUAAGCACCUGAGGACCACUUCCACGAGACCCAAGCAAGAGCCUGAAGGCGGGGAGAAAGCUGUGCUCGAGUCCCAGGUUCGGGAACUUCUCGCUGAAGCCAAAGCGAAAGACAGUGAAAUUAACAGGCUUCGAAGCGAACUGAAGAAAUGCAAGGAAAAAAGGACUCCAGGCACCGAAGGAGCUGAGGCUUCAGAUGCCAGCCCAGACAGAACCUCCUCCUUGCUGGGUGACUCAGAACCCCUGAUACGCACUCUAGAGGAGAAAAACAAGAGUUUCCAGAAAGAACUUGCAGAGCUCGAGGAGGAGAACCGGACCUUGAGGGAGAAACUGACUUACCUGGAGCAUUCCCCAAAUUCAGAGGGGGGCGCGAGUCACACCGGGGACAGCAGCUGCCCGACGUCCCUAACUCAGGAGUCAAGCUUCGGCAGCCCGACGGGGCAUCAGUUGUCCAGGGACAUCGAGGAGUUCGCGAACAGCAGACAUGGAAAUGCAUUACGGACAUCGGGCUCUUCGAGCAGCGACGUUACCAAAGCUUCUCUGUCCCCCGAUGCCUCCGAUUUUGAGCACAUUGCAGCAGACACCCCCUCCCAGCCCCUGUCCUCCACCAACAACCCCUUUAAGGGCUCCAGGUGUUCGACCAGCGGCAGUUCCCCUAACAACGCGAGCGAGCUGUCCCUGGCCUCCCUCACGGAAAAGAUCCAGAAGAUUGAGGAGAAGCAUCACAGCACGGCUGAAGAGCUCCAGGCCACUUUGCAGGAACUGUCCGACCAGCAGCAGAUGGUACAGGAGCUGACCGCCGAAAACGAGAAGCUCGUGGAUGAGAAGGCGCUCUUAGAAACGUCCUUCCAUCAGCACCGGGAGAGAGCUGAGCAGCUGAGUCAGGAAAACGAGAAACUCCUGAACCUCUUGCAGGAGCGGGUGAAGAACGAGGAGCCCGCGGCGCAGGAGGGAAAGAUCCUCGAGCUGGAGCAGAAGUGUGCGGAAAUCCUGGACCAGGGCCGCUUUGAAAGAGAAAAGCUGCUCAACAUCCAGAAGCAGCUGACCUGCAGCUUGCGGAAGGUCGAGGAGGAAAACCAAGGUGCUUUAGACAUGAUUAAACACCUGAAGGAAGAAAACGAAAAACUGAAUGGGUGUCUGGAACUGGAGCGGCGGAAUAACGGCGCAAUGGCUCAGAGUCUGGAGGAGUGCAGAGCCACGCUCGAAGGGCUGCGGAUGGAACACGGGUUGCUGAAGGCUCAUUUGGAGAACGAGAAGCAGAAGGCUACGGAGACCAGCCCUGUGGGGUACACAGCCGAGGGUCGUGAGGUUCAAGAGAUGUUGAGGGUUGCUCGCGCCGAGAAGGAGCAGCUGGAGCUGUCUUGCACCGAGCUCAAGCAAGAGUUAGUGAAGGCCCACAGUGAAGUCAAACAUGUUUCGAGCCUGCUGGCCAAGGUGGAAAAGGAUUAUUCUUACUUGAAGGAGAUAUGUGACCAUCAGGCAGAACAACUGAGCCGAACCAGCCUGAAACUGCAAGAGAAAGCAUCGGAGAGUGAUGCAGAGAUUAAAGACAUGAAGGAGACCAUAUUUGAAUUGGAAGAUCAGGUGGAACAGCAUCGGGCUGUCAAGUUACAUAACAACCAGCUCAUCAGCGAGCUGGAAAGGAACGUGAUGAAGCUGGAGGAGCAAAAGUCAGACCUGGAAAGGCAGCUCAAGACCCUAACUAAGCAGAUAAAGGAGGAGACAGAGGAAUGGCGGCGCUUCCAGGCAGACCUCCAGACGGCGGUGGUGGUGGCCAAUGACAUCAAGUAUGAGGCCCAGCAGGAGCUGCGCGCUGUGAAGCGGAGGCUGCUGGAGGAAGAGGAGAAGAACGCCAGGCUGCAGAAGGAGCUGGGGGACAUGCAGAACCACGGCAGACCCGUUAACGAAGAGUCGGAGCCACCCGGGGUUGAGGCUCCCGGCCGCUGGCAUGGCGUGUACAUGAGCAGGACGUCUCCAACGCCAUCGGAAUCUGCGACCACUGUUAAGUCCCUCAUCAAGUCGUUCGACUUGGGACGGCCAGGUGGAGCCGGACAGAAUAUUUCUGUCCAUAAAGCCCCCAGAAGUCCCCUGAGUGGGAUUCCAGUAAGGACUGCUCCCGCCGCUGCUGUCUCCCCAAUGCAGAGGCAUUCAACGUACAGCAGUGUUCGGCCGGCCAGCAAAGGUGUGACUCAGCGUUUGGAUCUUCCAGACCUUCCCCUUUCAGAUCUUUUAAAGGGAAGGGGUGAGGACCUGAAACCGGACCCUUAUCUCCGGAAGAGUCCCUCGCUGGAGUCCCUGAGCAGACCCCCUUCUCUGGGCUUCGGGAACACGAGGCUGCUGAGCACGUCCACUGGGGGCUUGAAACCGCAGAGCAAACUCAGCGUGGAAAGAAGAGACCCGCUGGCUGCCUUGGCCCGGGAAUAUGGUGGCUCCAAGCGUAACGCUCUCCUGAAAUGGUGCCAGAAGAAGACAGAAGGCUACGCGAACAUCGAUAUCACCAAUUUCAGCAGCAGCUGGAGCGAUGGUUUGGCCUUCUGUGCUCUCCUCCAUACCUACCUGCCUGCCCACAUUCCGUAUCAGGAGCUGAACAGUCAGGAGAAAAAAAAGAAUCUCCUUUUGGCAUUUGAAGCAGCCGAAAGUGUAGGCAUCAAACCCAGCCUGGAGCUCAGUGAGAUGCUGUACACAGACCGGCCUGACUGGCAGAGCGUGAUGCAGUAUGUGGCCCAGAUCUACAAGUACUUCGAGACGUAGAGCCAGAGGGCCGGAGAGCAGCCGGCCCCCUGGCCAGCAGCUGGUCCUCCAAGCACCUGGUCACUUUCCACCGGCCCCGCUACAUCCACUGCCUGCCGCACUCCAUCCGGGGGCCCAGCGCACAAACCAGAAACUGAACUGGAUCUCACCACGCCCCCACUUUUAAGUCCAGAUGCAUUUGGAGCGUGGGCCAGGGAAGCUCUGCUCCCCCUCGGCCUUCCUCCUCCCAGCCUGGGCUCCAUCCACAGAACUGGGUGGGCCAUCUCCAGUCACACGGAGCAACUUCACCGGUGAGCGGCCGAGCUCUACCACCAACAGCACUUCCAAAGUAGUCAUCUUUUUUCUGAAAACCCAGGCUCCUGCCUUCAGAAAAACUCUGCCCUCGCCACCACCCACCCCGUCAAGUAAGAAAACACCCAACAAAAUGCGAAAAGACCAACCUUCGCUCUCACGCCCCCUGGCAACACAGGAGCCCUGCCAUUCUUGGGGAAUGUGCUUGUGUGCUCGACAACAGUUGUGACACCUAGAACUUGAUCACGCUUCUUAGAUCUUGCUGUCACCUAUGGGAAUCUGUGGAUGGAGGAGCGGAGGUGUGAGAAUCCCAGGCAGCCCCUGGGUGGCUGGCUGCCGUGUUCCCUCGGGGUGGCUUGCAGACAAGUGUGCGUCUCUGUGCUUGCACGCGCUCACGCUCAGAAUGCCCCCUUCCCCCCCCCCCCACUGAAAGGGAGAUGUCAGCCACUGUCACUCCCUCCCUUUGUGUGUCAUCGUAGUCGCCCCCCAACUUAAUCCCCAUUCCCGUUCUCACACACACUUUGGUCCCCGGUGCCCACCCAGGUCUUCGUGUGUUUGCACGCGCAGCCCCAAGAGCUGUGUAUGUCUGGGAAUACCGGGCAGAGGACAAAGGUAAACGCUAUUUCAGCUCCGCGCCUGGUUUUACUGCCUCAUCGGGCCCUUGGGGAGGCAGGACCGAAGCAAUCCCUGCGGGGUGGGCAGAGAUGGCUCCAGGUCUGGGCGCCUGCUGUCGCCCUUAGAGGCAGCAGAGCUAACUGCGGGGGGGGUGGGAGCGAGGGGAGCGCCCUGGACAGGUGUUCUUGUUGGGCACGCGAUGCGCAUGACCUAACGGGUGAGGAUGCGGGUCCCCUGCGGCAGUCAGGUGACACACCCGGGCCCACCACCUGCUGAUGGCGGGCGCCUCUCCCACAAAGGGCGUCGCUGACGGCAGGCGUGGAAGAGGCGUGGCUCAGCCCCUCCCUCCGGACCACCUCCAGCUCUGCGCAGGGUCCGGCCCUCCUCGGGGAGGGUUACUGACCCGCUUCUCCGUGGCCCAAGGUCAGAACGUCUCCGGGGAGCCGGUUCACAACGCACCCCUCCCUGGGCCGCCCCCGGAGAGGAGAGACCAUCUUUGAUCUCGCUCCCCAGCGCGGGGCGGUGAGCACAGGUUGCUGUUGGGCAGUUUGGGAAAGGUGACACCACCACCACCCCGCACCCGGCAGUGGCUCCUUUGUUUCCACUUGGGAGUCGGAAGAACAAAUUUAGUUUACUCUUUCCUGAUGGGCACACCCAAAUGGAAGGUGCUGCUUGUGUUGCUUCAGGCAUCUGGCUUUUGUUGACCUCACUAUGUGUUUUCAUCACCCCCCAGCUUCUGCCCUGCUCUCCAGGGGGAGGUACCAUCCGGAGGAGUGGCUGUGUUUGAUCUGGGAUUAUGGCAGGGCUGAUGUGGGAGAGGAGAGGCCCUGGAAGUGCUUGGGAUACCUGGAGGUGGUGUUCAGAGCUCUUGGCGCUCUGGCUUUGUGAUUGCUGUGAAUGAGUCAGAUGAUCCCGCUCUGGGCCAAGCACUGGCUACGCAGCGGUGAUGGUCCCCUUUCCCCUCGCCCUGUGCUGGAGCCUGCUCCCUUUAGGGGAAAAAGAACAAAAGAAAUGUAUAAAAUAAAGGCUGUGUGCGAUUUAUUUUUAUAACUCAAAGAAUCUCCUUGACUACCAUUUUCUUUGCGGGGGGCAUGCUUCUGGAAGGGGAAGCAUGUGUCCUGCUCACAGAAACACAAGUGGUGUCGGGGGCCGAUCUGGCCCUGCAGUCCCGGGAAAGGGACAGAAGAUGGCUGGGCUGGGGGACCAGGCCUUCCGGCAUUUGGGGGAUCUGGGGGGGCUGGGCCACUGGAUGGGGUUUUUAGAUGUGUUUUUAGCUGGAGCACUGGGAGCGCAAGGUGAAUGUGGAAAUUGGCUCAACAGAAAACAGGGUCCUGUCAGCCCAUUGUACCGUUUCCGGUUUUCUGUCCUGAGGCCUGUCGUAGCCACUUUUGUUCUUGUCUUUCUUCAGCCGGGAGUCACUCAAAGUGAUGUGGUUCUGCAAUUCCCUUUUAAAACUGUUCUUCUAGAAAAGACAGAUGCAAAACGCAAGACCCAGAAGCGUGGAGUUCUUUUAAAGACCUAGAGAGACAUCCAUGGUUCUCGUGUCACUGUGAGAUCUUCCAAGGACGGGAGCUCUGCUCCCUUGGGCUCGCAUUCUGAGGAACCUGGCAAAUGCCCACUUCUCUCGUCCUAUUCCCUUCUCACUUCAGAAAUGAGGUUAGUCGCUGGUUUUUGUUCUUCAUUCAGCUGUUGUCUGUAGCUUUUGUCGAGACCAUCGGAAGCAUCCCAAAGCGAUUAGCAUCUGGCGGUGACAGAUAGCUGCGGGGUUCUCCUCCCUCAGAGGACCCCCGCUUCUCUGAAGCUCCCCCUUCCACUUCCCCAUUGCGGGGGAAGGCAGGCGACUCACUGGCCUGUGGAGGGAGAGGACCCAGGCCCUUCUUGGCACACCCAUUUGCCAGAUCCUGCUGGAGCUCCUCCAACUCCCAAGCUCACCUGCCAUUUUGAGAUGAGCCCCCGAGGACGUGCAGUAAGGGACAUAGAGCCUAGCUGCCUUUUUAAAAAAUAUUUUUAAUAACCCCUUUGCCCAAGCUCCCUGGGGGUUUCACUUUUCUUGACCCAGGUUGACUUUGGCUAAGUCUGGAACAUCCUCUGUAGCUCCCUAGUUUUAACUAUGUUGGUUGAAUGUUGCCUCAUUUCUGCAAAGAGCACGCCCAGCAUCGUCAGGACAUGACAUGCCAACACGGAUGUAUUUAACUAUUAACAUGGACACCUAUGAUGUAUGACUGUGUCAUAUUUCUAAUAAAUAUAUUUUGUUUCGGUC